CACAGCUUCCAUCUAUCCGUGCAGUUCUCCUCAUUGUAGUGUGACUGUGCUCAUCAAUUAGGCGAGAGUUCAGGCUUUUUAGACACACUAAUUGCCUUUGAGCGCUUCAGAGGGUACUGCAAGCUGCGGACAGAGGCUCGGAGAAGUUUUGGGUGCGGGGGAGCGGAGAGAAACGAAACACAGUCAUGCCCUCAGUGAUGGAGCGCUCGGGGGCUGGGGUCCUGUCCAGGAGCAGAGCCAAAACCGUAACCAACGGGAAUAGCCAGCCACACUCUGAGGAGGAGAGCAGCGAUGAAGAGCAUGCUCACGACAGCAUGAUCAGAGUGGGAGGAGACUACCAGGCUCAGAUCCCAGAGUUCAAACCAGACAGCCCAGCCCGCUACAGUGAGAAGGACCAGAGGAGCAUGUUGGUCUGGUGUCCCAACAGCCAGCUCUCUGAUGCUAUGUUGGACGAGUACAUCCUCAUGGCUAAGGAGAAACACGGAUACAACAUGGAGCAGGCUCUGGGUAUGUUAUUAUGGCACAAACACGACGUGGAGCGCUCACUGGCCGACCUGGCAAACUUCACCCCCUUCCCUGAUGAGUGGACAGUUGAAGAUAAAGUGCUGUUCGAGCAGGCCUUCAGCUUCCACGGCAAGAGCUUCCACCGCAUCCAGCAGAUGCUUCCAGACAAGCUGAUCUCCAGCCUGGUAAAGUACUACUACAGCUGGAAGAAGACCAGAACCAGGACAUCCGUCAUGGACCGACAGGCCAGGAGGCUGAUCAACAAGAGAGAGAAAGAUGACAGUAAUGAUGAGAUUGAAGGAGAGCAGGCCAGUGACAGUGAUUUUGAAAUUGAUGCCAAGAAAGAGGCGGCAAAACAGAACGCGAGCAGCACCAGCUCUGACAAAGCCACGCCCAGCCGCUCCGGUCCAGUGAAGAAGGAGAACAUCGGAGCUCAGUACAGACACCACCCGCUCAGAGCCCGUCGCAGGCCACCCAAAGGCAUGCACCUGGAGCAGGCGGACAUCAUGUCUCUGUCGGCCUCUCACGAUGCUGGAGUUCUAACCAUUCGCCAGCUGGACACACAGCUGGUUUCACUCAAGAGACAGGUCCAGUCUAUCAAACAGAACAACAGCAGUUUUAAGCAGAGCCUAGCUGAAGGUGUUGAUGGCCUCAAACCUACAGACCCUGCCCCUAAGAUGAACUCUCGUUGGACCACAGAGGAGCAGCUCCUUGCAGUGCAGGCUAUCCGCCGUUAUGGUAAAGACUUCACCGCCAUCGCUGAAGUGAUCGGGACUAAGACUCCGGCUCAGGUGAGCUCGUUCUUCGUGAGCUACCGGCGCCGCUUCAACCUAGACGAAGUGCUAAGGGAGUGGGCGGCGGAGCAAGUGGCCACCAGCCGAGACCAGAGAGACCCCAGGAGGAGUGGUGAGGAGAUGGCAACGGCUACAGAUGGCGGCGUAGAGGAGGAGGAGGUCAAAAUGGAGGACCCCCCCUCAGACGCCACGGGCAGCUCCUCUCCGCCCUCCUCCGCUCACGCCCCGUCCUCUUUCUCCCAGCCUCCCCCACUGCUGCGUCCAGCUCCUCCUUCAGCACCCCCAAGCCUCCUCCGUCAGCCGCCUCCUCUUCAGACGCGCCCGCUUCAGAACAGAGCUCCCCACAACCACCCCCCACCUCCGCUCAUCCGGCCCGCAGUGACCGCUGCCACCACCUCCUCCGGGAGUCUCAGGGGUUCUCCUCCCAGCUCGUCCUCUUCCUCCGCUGCAGUUCAGAUGCCUCCAUCACUGGUCGGGCUUAAAGUGGAGCAGCCCAACUCACACUGAUACACACGCAGCAGUAGGAGUAGACACAGACACGCACACACAUAAAAAACACACAAACACAAAGCUUCUCUUCCUUCACCCUGGGACCAUCACAUGACCACAUCACCAAAUGACAUGCUCAGGUCCCCAGUGUGACAUCAAUCGUCAUUAGUGACGUGAAGCUCCUUUACUGUACUGACAAACACCUACCUCCAACACAGACCUCUAAAACACACGCAAACACACACACACAGAGCUAGGGACUCCAAACACUACCUGCACACAACACAACACACAGAAGAGACACUGGAUCAUGAAGCCGUUAAAGAAAGCCACAACCACAAGAGUGCAAAUCCACCUGCACGUCUCCAUGGCAACUCUUGAACAUCUGGAGGACUGUGGAUGAACACUAUGUAUAUCUAUAUGCUGUAGUUGCAUCGGUCUAGUCAUCCACACAACCAUCAGGAGAAAGAAAAGGAAUAAAUGAGGGAAAGAGGAAGAGUGGCCCACAGCUGAGCCAGACGUGCUGCUCCUGAGAGGGCGUCUACGUCACACGCAGCAUUUUUUUUUUCUUCUUUCAGAUUUAGACCCUCAAAGGGGAGCAAAGGUACUUUUGCAAAAGCUUUGUGAUCAAAGCUGAAUCUUUUAUUUUGGUUUUGAAUUGUUGAUUCUUUUUGUUCUGCGUUGGGCGAAAUCUUCCCUCAUAGCCAUGUAUUGCUAGUAUUAACUGGAGUGGUGUUUUUGUUUUGUUUUUUUUGGUUCAACUAGAAUUUUAAAGGUGUGCCUGAGGUAGGCAGUUAGUUACUGUAAGUAGAUUAGAUGGUGUACUUUGAUUACUGAGCGCAAAGGAGAAAAAGAGCCUGUUAACAUGCGCGAUUGAGCUCGGUCUCACGUUUCUGGAGCUGUUCGUUGGAUCAGUGUUCCGAUCUUGUUACUUUGUUGGAAUAUUUGAAGUGAUCAAUCCCAACAUCUGCAGUGCAGCUCUAAACAUCAGUCUGUGAUGUUUCAAUAACGGUGUUAAUAUUCUCUAAAUAAGUGACGUUUGAUCUUUGACAUCUGCGCCUGCCAAAGUGUAUUGUUGCUUUAAACGCAGAGUUAAGCUUGGAGCGUCAGAGAGGAGUCUGACAUUUUACAUGGUUGCAUUGUUUCUUACACAGGAAGAGUUUGACAUUUUGGGAAACACUCGUUUGUGCUCUCGCAGGGUCUCGGUCUCCGAGCGGCAGCCUCGAUUACCACUUCAGAGUGGUAUCUCUCUGCACUCGUCAAAAUGCCAAACCAGUCAUUUAAACCCAAAAUAGAGCAAGUUGCGACUUUCAGUUAGUGUGUCUGAGUAAUUUAUAGAAGUGACUUUACAAAGAGGUGAUGACUUUGUGUUCCCCCCCCCGUCUAGAUAAGGCAGCCUCGAGUCCUGUGCUGUCCUGGCGCAGAGGUCAGAGGAGAUCUGGAAGACAUCUUUGCUGCAGCGUCAGCCGCUUGAUUCAUUUAUCCAAUAAACUGAGUGCUUCUGAGUUGUGCAACAGUGCAGUUUUCUGUUCAUGGCUAGUGCUUCCAAAAGUGAUGGUAUGGCACAACCUGAUGAACAAAUGCAGACGAUUGAAGCAUCUGUCUGGAUGACCUUUGUUGUUUAUUUCUGUUGCUAGUCUUAGACUACUCUUGUCCAGCUGUCUGCAUUGCUGCCUUUUUAUGCAGAUCUGAGGUCAGUGGUCAAGCUUCCUUAAACUGUGAAGUGUUGCCCCAAGCGUAGCUUCAAAUCACCUACUUUUGUUAGAGGCCUUCAGCGUUCAGUUGAACGCAGCACUGAGGAGGAACGGAAACUGCAUUGCUACGUUUGGCUUUAAUAGAAGUUUUGCCUUUCUCACCUGUUUUGUUUGUUCCUCCAAAAAACCCUGCUUGUGUGUACUGUAUGUACCAAGGUGUUUACAUUGUGGAAACUGAACUGUGUUUGAGGCGUUUUUUCUUUUGAAUAAACAA